AUGCUCCAUCAUGCCAAGUUGGACAAGUGCUUCUGGGCUGAAGCGGCAAUGACGGCCGUCUAUGUGAAGAACCGUUUGCCGUCACCCAAGAUUCCACACAAGACACCGUUCGAGAUUGUCUACAAUUCUAAGCCAAGUGUCAAGCACAUGCGCGUUUUUGGGUGCCAAGCAUACAUCUUGACCCCGAAGGAGAAACGACUCAAGUGGGAUCCCAAGGCCCGGGCUGGAUUGUUUUUGGGCUACGAAGAAGUGUCCAAGGCGUAUCGAGUUUAUGACAUCGAAGCGGGGCAGGUGAUGAUAAGUCGCGAUGUCAACUUCGAUGAGUCGGCCUUUGGAAUGUCGAUGCUGAUUUCCGAUGACGAUGUUGAUGGCCUGGACUUCGAAUCGAUCGAUCUUGAUGAUGAAGAACCGCGUCCGAGACACUUCAAACAAACAGGAAAGCGCAAGGCCCAACCCAGUCACGACAAUGACGACGCAAGCAUGCCCCGAGCAGUGCGCCAACGACCCGGAUUGGAAGAGUCAAGUGCGCCGGAUGACCUCUCUUCACGUCGAGCCAACGAAGAUGAAGAAAGGAAGUCGGAGGAACAACAUGACACACCGACUUCCUCCGCGUUUUGGCAUGCGAGUGCAAACGCCGUCGAAGCAGCGGUCGAUUUUUCGGAGCCGUCGACAUUUGAAGAAGCAGUGUCUGGCCCGGACCAAGUACACUGGCGCAAGGCAAUUGAUGCGGAGCUCGAUUCGAUGAAGCUUCGCGGUGUCUUUCGUGCGGCCAAGUUACCCAACGGACAAAGCGCCAUUGGCACAAAGUGGGUCUUCAAGAUCAAGCGCAAGGCAGAUGGGUCGAUCGAGAAAUACAAGGCACGACUUGUGGCCAAGGGUUUUCGCCAAAAGUAUGGCAUCGACUACACGGAGACGUUCUCGCCCGUGGUCAAGUAUGUGACGCUGCGAAUGGUCAUCGCCAUUACCAAGCACUUUGGAUGGCCCCUCGACCAGCUCGAUGUGGUGACUGCGUUCCUGUAUGGAGUGAUGAAGGAGAAGGUGUUCUGCGCUGUUCCGGAAGGCGUCAAGAUGGAAGGUGAUUUCGACUGUCUCGAGCUGAUCAAGGCGAUCUACGGUCUCAAGCAAGCCUCGCGUGUUUGGAACGAGACCUUCGACGAGUUCAUACGCUCGAUUGGUUUUCAAGCGUCGGGAUUCGAUCCAUGUCUCUACAUCAUGACUUCGGAAGGCCAUUGUGUUUUUGUGCUGGUCUACGUGGACGAUGUCUUGGUGACUGGAAGCUCGCUCGAGAUGAUUGCGCGCACCAAGAACGACCUCAAGACACGCUUCGAGAUGACGGACAGCGGCAAGUGUGCCUUUGUUCUUGGGAUCGAGUUAUUGGACGGUGAAGAUGGCAGCGUGACUAUGUGUCAGCGCCGUUAUGUCGACGAUGUCCUCAAGCGCUUUGGAAUGGAUGAGUGCAAGGCUGUGGCAAGUCCGGUGGACGUCAGCUCUCGACUGGUUCCGGAGCAACUCUGCAAGCAAGAUGGAUGUCCUAUUCCGUGA